UGGCAAUCUAUGGGAUCAAUUUGGGUGAAAAACUUAUUGCACUUGCAGUUAACGGACGAAGAACUUGCCAACAUCCCACACCCCAAGGCGGAGCUGCUUUUGCAUGUAUGGAUGCGUACAAUUCAAGCCACAUCGUUCCUGGGAGGAUUCAUUGUUGCGCCUAUUGCGACCCUUGUUAAACGUGUUCCGGUUUUCUUUUCAAUUCUCACCCACCAUAUUUAUAGAACCAGCAUCCCUGAGAAGCUUGCAUUCACGAUUCAUCCGUUAUUCUGUGUUUGGAUUGUUACCUGGAUUUGUUUUGGGGCCCGCCCUCUACUAUGGUCGGAUGCGAAAUCAACCCGAAGUGGCUUAUUUUGAUCGAGCUUAUCGUUUACGAAGAAACAAAGGACAAGUGCACGUGGACCUCCUCAGCCUUACCGGAGCAGUAGCUGGUGGUUGUCUGAGCCCAUGGACACCUUACAGGCCUGUUGAAGCCGCUGUCGUUGGCAUGUUCUUCGGACUCACUAUAGCAAUCAUCGGUCCUCGAAUUCUGGAUAAAUAAGUCCGAAACGUCAGCGUGAACUUGUACUUUUCAUCCCGAUGAUCUUCACAAUUUUCUAGUUUUUUCGCGCUUAAUCAUGUAUUACACAUGUUGUCAGUCGAUUAGCUUUUAACCCACCCUCGAACUGCGCCAUUACACUUUUUCUUUCCUUUCCUUUGUUUUUGAUCUUCCAAGAAGCCAGUCCUGUGGCUUUUACGGUACACCGAAACGAUAACUACCGAUCAUUUGACGAUCAGUUGUGUGUACUAAAGAAUGCGGUCUGUGCCCACACAGCAACUCUGUCAACAAAUGUCAAAUGACGAAUCUACAUUUUUA